AUGUCAUCCCCAGAACAAGCGGUCCCGCCGCCCGCCGAAGUCAUGACAAUCGCCUCCCCAAUCAACCUAAUCCUGCUCUCUCUCUUCGUGGUCCUGGUCUACUACCAGCUCCGUCCGAAGGCCCCCGUCUCCCUCCCCAAGGGCCCUCCCCCGGUGAUCUUCCGCACCUUCACCCCGACCACCCUCCUCCCGUACAACGGCACCGACGACCAGCCCGUCUACCUGGCUGUGCGCGGCCGGGUCUUCGAUGUCACCCCGGGGAGGAAUUUCUAUGGACCGGGCGGACCGUACGAGAACUUCGCCGGCCGGGACGCAUCGCGCGGUCUGGCCUGCCAGAGCUUCGACGAGGAGAUGCUCACCCAGGAUCUGAAGGGUCCGUUGGAUGACCUGAAGGAUCUGGAUGGCGAGCAGCUGGAGAAUCUGCAGUCGUGGGAGGAGCGCUUCUCGGAGAAGUAUCUGGUCGUGGGGAAGUUGGUCGCUGAGGGUGAGGAGGAGGCUUAA